ACCUCCUGGCUUUUACGGACCGGAAGAGUUAUUUCAUCAAAACCGCUCGGCGGGCACUUCCGGAAGUCUUACGUCGGGUUCCGGGAGAGUGCUGGCGGGAGAGGAGAAAGGCAGCGAUUGACGCGGCAGGUGGAGGAUGAAGAAGGAGCAUGUUAGUCACUGUCAGUUCUCCGCCUGGUACCCGCUCUUCCGAAGCAUUACCAUCAAGAGUGUCAUUCUCCCGCUUCCUCAGAAUGUGAAAGACUAUUUACUCGACGAUGGGACUCUGGUGGUUUCUGGAAGGGAAGAUCCACCAACAAGUUCCCAGCCAGACAGUGAUAAUGAAGCGGAAGAAACACAGUGGUCCGAUGAUGAGAGCACAGCCACACUUACAGCACCAGAGUUUCCUGAGUUCAACACUCAAGUCCAAGAAGCUAUCAAUUUGCUUGGGGGUAGUGUCUUCCCUAAGCUUAACUGGAGUGCCCCAAGGGAUGCAUACUGGAUAGCAAUGAAUAGUUCUCUGAAGUGUAAAACCCUCAGUGACAUCUUCCUGCUUUUCAAGAGUUCUGAUUUCAUCACUCGUGACUUCACACAGCCAUUCAUCCAUUGUACUGAUGAUUCUCCAGAUCCUUGUAUAGAAUACGAGCUUGUCCUCCGAAAAUGGUGUGAAUUAAUUCCUGGGGCUGAAUUCCGAUGUUUUGUCAAGGAAAACAAGCUUAUUGGUAUUUCUCAGCGGGACUACACGCAAUACUAUGAUCAUAUUUCUAAACAAAAAGAAGAAAUUUGCAGAUGCAUUCAAGACUUUUUCAAGGAACACAUACAGUAUAAGUUCUUGGAUGAAGACUUUGUGUUCGAUAUAUACAGAGACAGUAGGGGGAAGGUGUGGCUGAUUGACUUUAAUCCAUUUGGGGAAGUCACAGACUCACUGUUGUUUAGUUGGGAAGACCUGACAUCUGAGAACAACCUAAGAGGUGACCUCAGUGAAGAGGAUGCUCAGGAGCAGGAUUCUCCAGCUUUCCGCUGCACAAACAGUGAGGUCACAGUGCAGCCCAGCCCCUAUCUGAGCUAUCGACUGCCCAAGGACUUCGUGGACCUCUCCACCGGGGAAGACGUUCACAAGCUCAUAGAUUUUCUUAAGCUGAAAAGAAAUCAGCAAGAGGAUGACUGAGUGCUGCUCUGAGAAUAAGUAGAAGAGAGAACACAGCUACUCCAGGAGGCUGUGUAUAGAACAUAACUUCCCGGUGAUCCAAACUAGGUAGAGGUGGGGUGUGCAGUAUGCAAAAUCAUCAGUUUUUAUAUCCAUGUAUAUUCACUUCGGAAAAGAUGGAGGAACUUUGGUACUUGUAAAAAAUAAGUAAACAAAUAGAUCUUAAACAUAAGGAAGCAUACUGUUCUGAUAAUAAAAUAACUUUCUAUGAAA